CCGUUUGUGCCACGGUUCUUGGAUUUGUUACACAACCAAUCGGGUUCUCAUAUACCGAAGCCAAGCAUGGGUAAGCCCGAGGAAUCGUCCUCCGCAAUUCCCGCCGAAAGUGGCGCCGAGCCCUCGUCGUCGGCGCCACGUGGCAACGACGGCGAUGCGGAAAUAGAGGAAGACGAGGGGUGGGUGUACGACUCCAACGACGACGAGGACGACGACAUGAUCUUAAUCCGUGGCGCUGACAUCAGCGGGCGCGGCGCGGCGGCAAAUCUGCCCGAGGGGAUGGAGGAGGUGGUGCGCGCCGCGGAGGAGGGCGACUCGGACGCUCUAAGAGACGCGAUUCAGGGGUUGUCGGUGCCUCUUGAUUCACCGGGAGAGGAUGGCAACACGGCGCUGCACCUGGCGUGUCUGUACGGCCACACGGCGUGCGUGGAGCUAUUGCUUGCUGCCGGGGCUGCGCUCGAGGCCCGGGACGAGGAUGGGGCCAUUCCUUUCCACGACGCCUGUGCUGGAGGCUUCUCUGACGUGGUGGGCAUGCUGCUGGCAACGGCAAGCGAUGAGGAGCAGAGGAGGCGCAUGAUCGCAGCACAGGAUGGCGAUGGGGACACGCCCCUGCACAAUGCAGCACGGGGUGAGCACCCGUCUGUCUGCCGGCUACUGCUGGAUGCUGGAGCCAACGCUGCUGCGCCCAACUAUGCUGCUCAGGUGCCCUGGCAACUGGUUGAGGAUGACAGUGAGCUCCGCACAUUCUUGCAAGCAGCAGCUACAUCCACUGCCCAAGCCCUUUAGUAGAGGUUGUUUAGGAGAGGGAUUUCUUAGUAUAGGGGGGGUGACAAACAGAACGAGCCCAAAUACCACUAGGCUCCUGCUUUCUUAGGAUAGGGGUGCGCGCACCUCCCCUAACUAGAACGAGACUCAAACUGGGUAUUGCCGGCACUAGUGCAAGGAAAACGAUGUCACGUCCCCCGACGUCCCACGAUACAGUGCGAUACAGUGCGUACAGUGCGUUUUCUCACGAUCAGGAAGCUUCAUGUGCAUUCAGAGGUGGUGGCUCAACGCCACAAGCGUGACGUCGCACUAUUCAGCUACUUGUUACCCCCCCCCCUUAGUGUUCAGUGGUCAGUUGGUCACACAGAGUAGAGAAAAAGGAAAUAAGUGUUACCCAUAAGCAGUGAAGAUGCUGCCAUUGCAAGUAAAGAAGCAAGCUUUCU